AAUAAAGUUAUCGCAAAAGUAUUCAAAUGCGCGUAUGCGUAUCAGAUCAGGAACAUGUGUGUUUUGUACUACAGUGAGCUUUUCUGAGCUGAAUGAAAUGUAAUAAUUACAAUUUAUUGUUCUCCGUACAAUCAUUUCCAUCAGGACUGGACGGCGGCACGGAGAGGAUGUCUCAGCUGCUGAGGCUUCUCUCGGCGGCGGCCCUGCCUCUCUGCCGAGGCGGAGGAGCCCGCGCUCGGCUCUUCACAGCGACGGCAGGUCGGCUCUUCACAGCCGGAUACCGAAGCUCCGCUGCCCCGAAGGUCCCAGCUAACUUCCUGUCCCGUCGCAGAUUCCAUUCAGCUCAGCGACGACUGUACUCCACCGAGCCCAAAGAUGGAAGAGGAGGAGCAGGAGGGAAGAGAGGAGGAGGAGGAGGAGGAGGAAAACAGUGGUGGAGCCGCAUACAAAAGGGGGACGUCCCCUGGGAUGACAAGGAUUUCCGGUACUUUAUGGUGACUGUGGCCGGAGUGAGUUCAGCUCUACUCUACCUGUACUUCAGAGAUAACAGCAGAGAGAUCACCUGGAAGGAUUUUGUCCAGCGCUACAUCGGCAGAGGAAUAGUGGACCGGUUGGAGGUGGUCAACAAGCAGUACGUCAGGGUCAUCCUGGUGCCGGGAGCCGACGCCGAAGCGAGCUACAUCUGGUUCAACAUCGGCAGCGUCGACACGUUUGAGAGGAAGCUGGAGGCGACGUUCGCGGAGCUCGGCCUCGAGCCGUCCCACCUGCCGGCCGUCAUCUACAGCACCGAGAGCGACAGCUCCUUCCUGCUCAGCAUGCUCCCCACCCUGCUGAUCCUCGGCAUGCUGGUCUUCACUCUACGCAGAGGACCAAUGGGAGGAGGCCUCGGCGGCGGGAGGGGCGGGCCCUUCAGCAUGGGGGAGUCGACGGCGAAGAUGAUGAAGAGCAACAUUGAUGUGAAGUUCAAAGACGUGGCAGGCUGCGAGGAGGCCAAGCUGGAGAUCCUGGAGUUCGUCAACUUCCUGAAGAACCCACAGCAGUACCAGGACCUCGGAGCCAAGAUCCCCAAAGGUGCUGUGCUUUCUGGUCCUCCUGGCACCGGGAAGACUCUGCUGGCUAAGGCCACAGCCGGAGAGGCCAACGUCCCCUUCAUCACCGUUAACGGCUCAGAGUUCCUGGAGAUGUUCGUGGGUGUCGGUCCCGCCAGGGUGAGGGACAUGUUCUCCAUGGCGAGGAAGAACGCCCCGUGCAUCCUCUUCAUCGAUGAGAUCGACGCCGUGGGGAGGAAGAGGGGCGGUGGGAACUUUGGAGGUCAGAGUGAGCAGGAGAACACGCUGAACCAGUUGUUGGUGGAGAUGGACGGGUUUAACACGGCUACUAAUGUGGUGGUCCUGGCCGGAACCAACAGACCUGACGUCCUGGAUCCUGCACUAAUGAGGCCAGGACGCUUUGACAGACAGAUUUACAUUGGUCCUCCAGACAUCAAAGGCAGGGCGUCCAUCUUUAAAGUCCACCUGCGGCCAAUCAAACUGGACCCCAGCCUGGACAGAGACACGCUGGCCAGGAAGAUGGCAGCUGCCACACCAGGAUUCACUGGAGCCGACAUCGCUAACGUCUGCAACGAGGCAGCGCUGAUCGCCGCCAGACACCUGAACCCGUCCGUCAACGGCAACCACUUUGAACAGGCCAUUGACCGGGUCAUCGGAGGUCUGGAGAAGAAGACUCAGGUCCUGCAGCCCACAGAAAAGAAGACUGUUGCGUAUCACGAGGCCGGUCACGCCAUCGUGGGCUGGUUCCUGCAGCACGCCGACCCGCUGCUCAAGGUGUCCAUCAUCCCACGUGGGAAGGGUCUGGGGUACGCCCAGUACCUGCCCCGAGAGCAGUACCUGUACAGCAGAGAGCAGCUGUUUGACAGGAUGUGCAUGAUGCUGGGAGGCCGCGUGGCCGAGCAGAUCUUCUUCAGUAGGAUCACCACGGGAGCUCAGGACGACCUGAAGAAGGUCACACAGUCGGCCUACGCUCAGGUGGUGCAGUUUGGGAUGAGUGAGAAGGUGGGGCAGGUGUCGUUCGAUCUGCCGCGGCAGGGAGAAAUGGUCAUGGAGAAGCCGUACAGCGAGGCCACAGCUGAGCUGAUCGAUGAGGAGGUCCGGGAGCUGGUGGAUCGAGCCUACCAGAGAACUGUGCAGCUCAUUGAGGACAAGAAGGAGCUGGUGGAGAUGGUGGGGAAGCGUCUCCUGGAGAGGGAGGUCCUGGACAAGGCGGACAUGGUGGAGCUGCUGGGCCCGCGGCCGUUCGAGGAGAAGUCGACCUAUGAGGAGUUUGUGGAGGGCACAGGGAGUUUUGAGGAGGACACAAGCCUGCCGGAGGGCCUCCGAGACUGGAACCAGGAGAGAGGAGGGGAGGCCGAGGAGACGAGCCCGACUCAGGACAAACAGCAGGCCGUGUAGAACCUAGCGCUCCACAUCCACGGGGAGGUUAAACCAUCACCAGCGGCAGCUUCUCAGUCUGUCCUCAACUCUUUGGACAAAAACAGUUCACCUUCUGAAACUGUUUAAUAAAGUUUCAAGUUUAAUAAAGCUGGAACAGAGAACCACCAGGCUCGGCCCGGCACUCAGUCAGAUUGUCCUUUGAUUUCAGACGCUCCACACGGCCUUUAACAGAAGACCAACAAACAGACUUUUAAGGAAGCAGAUGUGCACUGUGGACCUGACUGACUUCUUAGUAUUUCAUAAAAGGGGAGUUUUGCUCCCUGGCUGUUGUCUGAAGGACACUUUCUGCAGCCAGAUUGAAAAGAUUUUAGAGAGUAAAUAUUUUUGAGAUUUCAUGCAAAGUUAAUUUUACUGACCGUCGGUUUAUUUUACAUGAUGUGUAAAUUAUUUGUCUACAGGAAGCUGCUGCUGCAUCACCAGCCUGCUGACUGAGGGGAAAUGUUUGACAUUUUAGUUACCUCUUUGAAGGAUUUCUGCUCACGUAAGGGAAAAAUUCCCCUUAAACAUUUUAACAAAAAGUCAGACUGAAUCCCCUCAUGGCAAAGUGAAAAGCUGAUGUGUGAGGUUAUGGUGUCGGUAAAAGUUAAAGUUGUGUCAUUAGGUUAUUUAAUGUUAAAACAGCGAAAAUGAGUGCAGUAUGAGGGCUCAGAUUAAAUGUACUUGUUCAUUUGACUGAUUAAAGACACAUGAAUACU